UAACUAUGUGUCCGUUUACUCCAUUCAGUUGCUGCAGUGGAAUUCGCUUCUCAAGUGCUCAUGUGAAAAAAAGUGCUAUAGUGUGACUAGUGACGUGCUUAUGAUUCGACUCUUCGUGUACCCCUCCCCCCUGAAAAGAACAUGUCUGCUGUCUGUUCAACUACAUUUUCCUAACAUAUUUGUUCCUAUUUAUUCAAUGCUAGCUUUGGAAACAAAACCAGAACAUCGAUAAUAUUUUUAUCGAUCUGCAAUCCUAGCAAACGUGUUCCAUUGUUCUGUGUUAUCAUCCUCCAAUCCUAUAAUUUAUUGACAAAUAGUGCUCUGGAGAGUGUAGGAAUGCUAAUGCCGGAGACAAUUUGUGGGUGUCUUGAAAAUUCCAAAAUUUAGAGAAAACAUCCAGGGCAGCUAUCAUGAAUAAUCCAUAUCGAGCCCGGCCAGGUCGAUUACGUGGAGAACCCUCCGCAGCACCAAUUCCACCGCAGUCUUAUGGUUCACAAAAUAAAUCUUCCUGGCCACAAGCCACAGGUGGCCUGCAGCAUGGAGAAAUACCGCCAGCAAUGCCCCCAAAUGUUUUUCAACCUCAACAACCGACAUCAAUUUCAACCCCACCAAAGGCGACUGGUGACUCCUGGGACUGGGGAAAUGACAAUAGCUCUGAGAAUGGAAACAAUGCUUGGAAUUGGAGUGUAGACCAGACGCAUGAGUCGCAGACUCAACCGCAAGGACCUGCGUCGUACUUACAAUCAGGACAGACACGUCAGUCCUCUGCCCAGGAUAACUAUUACACCAAUGCAAAUGGAAAUAACCGAUCACAUCUCCCACCUCAAUCAGCGCCACCCCAAGCUAUUGGUAAUCAACCCCGAGCAGCAAGUCGAGAGUCCACACCAAAUUUGUUACCGGAGUCAUACUCCCAUUACUCAAAUUACAGUGGAAAGCAGCAGCAGGUAUUUCAGUCACCUCCGUCUACUAUCGAAGCACAAUUACCCAGCGAUUCAGGACUAAAUGUACCUGGUGCACCUCAUGCAAGUAAUAAUCAACCUCAGUGGGGACAGCCACCAAGCCCCCACCUGGCCCCUUCAUCUACCCCUCAAGACAAUGAAAAUAAAAAUAUGGGAUAUCAUCACCACCUUGGGCAGCAGCAGCAUCCCCAGCAGUCCAAUUUACCCCAAGAAACCUGGAAGAAUCAGGUACAGUCCACGAUGGCUCCACCUGCAUCGAACUAUUGGCUUAACUCUGGCCCAGAUAAUGAUUCCUUUGAUAAAAUCAACAAUCAGAGGAUGCAAAUGUCUCAGCAGCACGACGAGCCUCAAUUCAACAUUCCGAGUAAUUCACCAGCUCAAAAUAUCGAAAAUGUCACGAGACGAGGCUCUCACCACUCUUCACCUCUUGCUCCACAGUUGCAGAAUGAAAAUCAACGAAAGCCAUCUCCGAAUAACCAACAUCUGGCCACUUGUAAUGUCUUCCCCGAGGAAGUACCGCAGCCUCCACAGAAGAAUCAAGCGUGGCCAACUAUUAAGGACAAUAUUCCAAAUCAAUUGAACGAUAAUCCACUUCAACAUCACGACAAUUGUUCAAUUCAUUACUCACAACCACUCAAAUCUAGUUUAGUGUGUGAUACUCAGGUGUUUCCUCCAGUUUCUAAAUUUAACGAUGUACAUUCAACAUCAUUCGCACCAAGUGCAGGAUCAGUUGAGAGUUCGUUUAUCAAUCAUCCAAUAAUUGAACACGUGAAGACCAGUAAUAUUGAUAAAAUGAGUGAUUUAUCAUUCAACAUGAAGCAAAUGAAUCUCGAAGAAGCUCAUAAACAACAGACGGUAAAUCAGCAGAAAGAGGUACAACCGCACUAUCUACAGGAAAUUCAACUUCCCAAUCAUCGAUCUCCUCAGCUACCUUAUCCUUCAGCUCAACAACAGCUAUUCCAUGAUGUCGAUAAAACUCCGCAGGCACCUCCUCAGGAGCAGGUGUUCGAUAGUCCACCGAGUGCUAGUAAUCAGACUCAAUCCCCUGGCGUUACACCACCCCAGCCGCAAGAGCAAUUACCGAUGUUCAGUGACUACUCAUCACCACAGGUGCCAUCAAUUAAUCAUCCAGAAUCCAAUUACAGAGCCAACAAACCAGCGCCACCAACGAGUAUCGUACGCCCUCUCCAGGAACAUGAUUUAUUACAACUGCAAAAAGUAAAUCAUCAAAAUGAAAAUAUGUCACGUAGCAAUAGUUCACAGUACAUGCACUAUGAUCAAUGGUACAAUGAUGGUACAGCUCAGACACCUCAGGUUGCUUCAGUACCCCAGCCUAAUCGUUAUCCAAAUGUCAAUGAAAUGCAGCUGCCAUUACGAAAGCACUGGACACCACCAGCAACAUCUACUCCCCUAGACCCUCCAGUUGACAUUAGCGAGAGCAUUCAACCACCUGCUGAAUUCACCCUGACAUCACCUCAGGAAGAUCCACGAUCUGACCUCCGAGCACCGGAAAUCGAUCCUCCGUCUGCAUUUCAUGUUCCUCACUACCAACAGCCUCACUUGGAACAGGAGUCACCGGCUGUUGAAAACUUUGAAUUUGCAUCGAACGAUAGAAACACUUUUCUCGAGACUGGUGAAUUAACAGACUCUCAUCAUGAUCAGGAAUCUGUAGCUCCCAGUCAGGACGAAGAUAACGAUGAUGUUCCUAGUGAUAUUCCUUUCCUUCGAGAGGUACCUGGGCAGUCCAGCAAUACCGAGCUCUCGAGGAACGAUCCCACUGGACAGGAGCAAUACACAAUUUCUCCUGGAAGUGAACACAGGAAUAUGCCACCUGGGGAAGAGCGUGGUGACAGUGGAGAAUUGAUUCGCGAUACUGGUCGAGUAGAGUUGGAUCCUCUUGAACGUAGGAAUGAUCCAUCGGGUAGGGAGAGAUCAGUCCCGCCAAGUCAAUCCAGGAACGAUCCCUCGGGUGAGGAGAGGAUAACGCCUCUCCAACAAAGUUCUCAUGUUCAUUUUGAAGCGAAUGAAGUGCGUCAGGUGACAGGUAGUGGAAUAGCUGGCACUGCUGUUCAUCCUGAUCUGGGGAAUAUUGACAGUGGAAUGAGACAAAUACCUGGGGGAAUAUCGCCAAUUGAAGUGACACUGACGGCAUCCAUGAAGUCUGACGAUAGGAAAAGUCGUGUUGUCACUGGGUCUCAGGAAUACUCAUCAAUGUCAUCGAGCAUGAACAUUCAGGAGACUCGAGAAGAAGCUGUUGGUGCAUCAACGAGAGAGGCUCCAAUUAUUCCCCCAGGAUCUCCUAAACGUCGUGACUCUUAUGAAGACGGUGAUGAUGAGGAGUCUGGAAAUUCCAGGGACGAGAGCAGAGAGAGACGAGAACGUAGAGAUCCACGAGAUUCGAGUCCUCUACCACUGGAAAAUCGACGACGUUACGAUAAAAAUUACUACGAGCACAUGGGGGAUAGACCAUGCGAUGAUGAUUAUUAUUAUGAUCGUCGACGAGGAGAUUAUGAUCGUCCCUACAGCUCGCGAGAGGAUCUGGAUCGUCGGGACACUUCGUACAGAAGUGGCGAUGGUGGGCACAGAGUUGAUGACAAUGAUGAUUCCGGACGUCGUGGGAGGGCCAGGGGUGAUGACGAGAGAGAUGGCAGAGGUAUGGGAAAACGUGAUGAACGGAGAAGUCGAACAGAGAGAUCUGAUGAGGCAAAACGCAGAGAUAGAGAUGGGAGAGAUUAUUAUAUGAGAGAUGGGAGAGACUCGAGAGAUCCACGAUCUCGUGAUUUUACUGAUUCUGAUCGUAGGAGGCGACGAUUUGAGGAUUAUGAACGUGAUCAUAGGAGGGAGUACUACGAUGAUCCGUACUCCAGAAGCUCGAGGCCCUCCAGUAGAUCGUCUUACAACGAUCGAGAUCGAGAUUAUUAUAUGAGGAGGGAUAUGUAUUAUGGAUAUAAUAAUGGAUAUUCUGGGUAUGAAUAUGGGCCUAAUUACAAUGCUAAUUAUUACGCUUAUCUGGAGAAUUUGAGAAGGACUAAUCCAUCGGCAUAUAUGGAUUGGUAUAAUCGAUAUUAUGCUAAUCAUCCACAUCAUCAGCAACAGCAAUCGAAACUAUCACAGUCUGUGGUUAAUUAUCCGGAGGAUAGGGCGAGUGUGCAUUCUGGACAAAGCUCGUGUGAUGAUAGAUUAUGCCUGACGCCCAGUCCAUGUUUUGGUUCUUCAAUCAAAUUACCCUUCUCAUCCUCUUUUGGGGUCCGAUGGACCAGCACUCCUUCCCUCAGUUCAAAAAGGAAUGACUCAAGAAAUUUUUAUCGAAGAAUAUUAAGAACCGGAAGCGGAAAAUUUCUAACAGGUGAUAUAUCGCUAAGUGAGGACCAGACGAUGACUUCUCGGAUGACUCCAACUAAGUUCUCCACAUCUCAUGUUCAAGGACUUUUCUCCAUUGGAUCCCUGAUACACGUUCACGCCAGUUAUCCAGCGGACGGUGAGAGAGCCAAAGUGGACAUCCUCAACAUCGACAGCCUCCUGCUCCACGAUCCCAUUGUUCGUGAGCUUCGGAGUUACCCUGGACCCCUCAUCAAGGGUGUGACCCACAAGAAAACAAUAAUCGAAUACUGUGAAGCGAAAAUAAAGGCAACAACUGCCAACGACAGACCCAUGAACCGAUCCUCCUACGUUCUCCUCUACGAACUGAUGAUCAUGUUGAUCCAACAAAACGGAAACGUUGUUGGAGUUGAUAUCGCAGCUCUUCUCCUCCGCAACAAGGAAUCGUAUCCCUACGACGGCAACGAAGUCUCCAAAGACCGAGACUUCCAUCGUCAGAGUUCAGGUAUUUCCCAGCGGUCCAGUGUCGCUGGAAAUGAAUCAUCAGAGGAGUCUCCAGUUGUUCCAGAAUCUGGGGAGAUCAGUUUGGAUCAACAACCGAGGAAAACAGUAGAGCAGAUAACAAAUGAGUUUAGAAAUACUCUGCUUUAUGGUCUCGUCCAAGAGGCUCUUGAAUACGCUAUGACUGAAGGAUUGUGGGGUCACGCUUUGUUCCUGGCUAGCAAAUUGGACAAACGUACUCAUGCCUUAGUGAUGACUCGUUUUGCCAAUAGUUUAUCAGUUCAAGAUCCCCUCCAAACACUUUAUCAACUCCAUUCGGGCCGAGUGCCUGCCAGUGUAACGUGUCUUGCUGAUUCAAAAUGGGAUGACUGGCGUCCUCAUCUUGCGAUGAUAAUAUCAAACACUUCAGUAAAUCCAGAGAUAAAUCGCAAGUCCAUUACUACUAUGGGAGAUACAAUGGCAACACGUGGGGAUAUUUACGCUGCUCAUUUUUGCUAUAUUCUUGCGGAAAUUGAUUUUGGUAAUUACGGUAAAUCGGAUGAAAAAAUAGUGCUCAUUGGAGCUAAUCAUAAUAAGCAUUAUGAGGAUUUUGUGACACUCGAGGCGGUUAUGUUGACGGAAAUUUACGAAUACGCCAGGAGUCUUAGUGAGUCUACCUUCAUGUUGACGGCUCUACAGACGUUUAAAUUUGAAAAUGCCCUGAAGAUGAUAGAUUAUGGAUUGGUGGAGAAGGGAAUACUUUAUCUGGAACAAAUUUCAGUGAAUAUUGUGAAUUCGCCAUCGAAAUUCGAACCCACGUUCGUUGCGAAUGUCUACAAAUUGAGUGAAAAAAUGAAAUUUCAUGAUCCGGUUUUUAAGGACUCGGUUGAAAAUGACAUUUCCCUCACUUGGCUCGAUAACUUAGCAGGAGUUAUCGGUAGAUAUGAGACUGGGGAGAUAACUCAUGAUGGAUUUCACUCGCGUGAAGCUCUGGCUGAUCCACAGGAAAUCCAGCAGAGUCAAGAACGUGUGGAUAUGCAACAACAAAUUCAAAUGAAUCAAUGGGUUCAUUCUAAUCAUCAAGAGUAUGGGGAUGGUGGACUGUCGUUGAUGGAGGUACCAUCAGUGGACACCACUCAGGAACAGUGGCAACCAUUACCGUUGAAUCAACAAGGUGUUCAAUAUCCUGAUAACAGUACAGAUUUACAUAGUUAUCAGUUCAAUCAGCAACAAUCGAAUAUUCCGCAAAGUCAGCAGGAUUAUUGGGGACAACAGCCGACUUAUAAUCAACAUGAGUACAAUGACUGGCAGCAUCAGCAAACUGAUUCAGGACAGAAUUACCAGGCUGAGCAGACUGAAGGGGAUUCUACUCAGAUGAAUAAUGCAUGGAAUUAUGAGUCGGAAAAAAAGGACAGAUCACCAAUGCCCGAUCCACAGCCACACAUAUCGAUGGGGCCAUCAUCGGGAAAACAAUACGAUCCUCUUGAGGAAUUAGAUGCGAUCGAGCCAAUGAGCGUCAAAAAACCGGUGGAGGGUAAAAAAAUUGAGAAACCGAGUGAUAAGAAGAGUUCUUCGGGCAGCAGCGGCUCGUGGUUGGGUGGUCUCUUCAGUAAACUCACUCCAAAACCGAAGAAUCAGAUGAUAUUGCCGGAUGAUAAUAAUCCAACAAUUGUAUGGGACCCAGUGGCUAAAAAGUGGACGAAUAAAGACGAGAAUAACGAGGCUGGCACCUCAAGCCUCGCUCCACCACCAAAAGCUACAGAUAUGAGUCAACAACCGCGAGUAGAAUCCCCUAAACCUUUUCCACCUCAAUCAGCUCCCAAUCAGCUCAGCAGUGAAGACGCUACAACUCCAAAUAGUUCGAAAAUUAUGACUCGAAAUAACAUGUUUAAGCUACAGAAGGGCAGAGGAAUGAGAGCCAAUUAUAUCGAUGUUAUGAAUCCUAAUGCAUCCAAAGGAAAUAUUUCAUCAAUUCCUACACCAGCUACCUCGCCACUUGUGCCAAUGGCCGCAUCAUCACCUCAAAUGUUCAUCCCUGCUCCCGUUAACGAUCCCGACGCACCUUUAAAUUUUUUGACACCAGCUCAAAGUGCAUUUCCCUCUCAGGAAAAUAAUUCUCACGCGAUGGACAAUGGGAAUGCAGUAGCCAAAUAACAUUUAUUGCCAAUAGAAUCAACUGGAUACAAGAAGAUAGCCAACAUGAAGGAGGGAGGGUGCUUCAAAAGAUAUGCCGAGAUCGAGGUAUCAAAUGCGAUCAAGUACUGAGGAUGCUGCUUAGGAAAAAUUUAUCGAAAACCAACGGCAGAGUGCAUACUAAUUUUCAGCUGCCCCCAAAUUUUCAGUAUAAAAUUUUGGAAUCAUCAAUCGUCUCGUAGUUAGGGUUUGAAAUUAUCUUGAAUACUUUCACAAUACGAUAAGAACCAAAACUGAAAGUCUGAAAUUUUAUAAAAAGACCCAAGUCACUACUGAGCUUUUGCAACGAAAGCUCUGAUGUCAAAAUUGCCUUGUGAUUUUGAAGCGAAUUCUUUUCACAUGUCUAGUGUCUUCUGGCAUUGGAUUCACGUGAAUUGUAACUGAGAAAUGAAGAAGAUGUAUUAGCAAUUGUCCUGAUUUCAUUGAAAAAUAGACAAGUGUUUCAAUAGAUCACUACUAUCUCUUUCUGCAAUGAUUAUUGAACAUAUGAUUGUAACAUUCCAUAAUUGUAAAGGAUUUUAUUGAACGUUUUCUACGUAACGAUAAGCUUGUUUGUAUAUCAUCAGAAAAGAAGCAAUCACAACUGAUAUGAUCCAAGAUUAGAAUUGUAUAUAAAUUUUUUUUCUGUGGCACAUCAGCCCCAAAUCUUACUAUUCAAAUAUUUGUGUAUAUUUUUUUUCGAACACUUGUCUAUUUUGAAUUUGCUAUGGAUUUAUCCUGGGAGAUGAUCAUGCAAAGUGCAAUUUUGAAACACACGUUUAUGUUGAAGAUAGAAAGAAAUAUUGAGUUACUUGUUAUGUAUGUAUAGAAUGUUCUAAAAAAUCGUGACUGUGCUUGAAAAUGUCAUUGGUUACUGAUGAAUCCCGGCAAGUAUUACAUGUACAUUCACUGGGAACCAUGGAUUGGGAGUAACGUGUCAUUGAAUAGGUAAAAUUAUUACCCCUUAUAAUAAAAUAUAUUACAUUAUGAACGAA